UGUUGUCGGGACGUCGAGGGUCUCUCGCGUCGUCGUCUCUGAGAGUUCGUGUGUGCCGAGAACAGGAUAUCUUGUAACCCGAAUAUUCCUUCGCAGUGACGAGUGAACUGUGAGGCGAUCGUCAGGAGCGUGAGGAUGCUGAAGAUCGUCAAGGCUAGCUCGAACGGACUCAGAAGAUUGCACGCAAGCAAUAAGAGACGAGCAGCAGUACCUGCGUCGACGAAGUUGGGAACUGUCAAGUACCUGGACGCCGCUUUUGGAAGUGCCUUAGAAUUAGAACGAGCGCAGACACGCGAGUACAGCUUCAUUCAUGACAGCCAUUACAUGUAUACUAGGGAUCAAGAUCAGGCGACGAACGCCGAGGAUGUGCUCUUUGACAUGUUUAAGGACGAAGACACAGGCCUCCUAGCAGUGGGAAAAUUCCUGGCCGCUCUGAGGACCACCGGCUUGCGAAACGACGACCCUAGACUUCAAGAAUUCACGGAUAAUCUGCGGAAGGAGCACUUGAAGACUGGAGGUUACGAGGGUGUUUCUCACGAGACGCAAAAGUUAAACAGAGAGCAAUUCAGGAGAAUUAUUAACCCGAACAUAAUACUGAUCUCGCGGGCAUUCAGGCAUCAAUUCAUCAUCCCUGACUGGUCUGGCUUCACCAAGCACAUAGAAGACUUCUACUGGAAAUGCAAGUCGAACUCGGAGGGCAAGGUCGCCUCGUACAUACCACAGUUAGCACGAAUGAAUCCAGAUUAUUGGGGCGUUUCCGUCUGCACGAUCGAUGGCCAGAGAUUCAGCAUCGGUGACAGCUCGAUCCCAUUCACGUUACAGAGUUGCAGCAAACCUCUGACUUACGCCAUCGCUUUGGAUAGAUUGGGACAGGAAGUGGUCCAUCAGUAUGUCGGCCAAGAACCUUCUGGAAGAAACUUCAACGAGCUGGUGUUGGAUUACAACAAGAAACCCCAUAAUCCAAUGAUCAACGCUGGAGCAAUCCUAGUGUGUUCACUGUUGAAGUCUCUAAUCAAACCUGAAAUGACUUUAGCCGAAAAAUUCGACUUCACUAUGGAUUAUUUCAAAAGACUAGCAGGCGAAGAGAACCUGGGCUUCAACAAUGCUGUCUUCUUGUCCGAACGGGAAGCUGCUGACAGAAAUUACGCGCUUGGAUUCUACAUGAGAGAGCACAAUUGUUACCCAGACAAGUCGAACCUGAGAGAAAUCAUGGAUUUCUAUUUCCAGUGUUGUUCCAUGGAGGCAAACUGCGACACGAUGUCUGUCAUGGCGGCCACUCUGGCCAACGGUGGCAUCUGUCCGAUCACCGAGGAAAAGGUUCUUAAGCCUGACAGCGUUCGAGAUGUCCUAAGUCUAAUGCACAGCUGUGGAAUGUACGAUUACAGUGGCCAGUUUGCGUUCAAAGUUGGCAUCCCAGCGAAGUCUGGAGUAUCGGGAAGCCUGCUAGUAGUGAUACCAAAUGUGAUGGGCAUCUGUACAUGGUCCCCGCCAUUGGAUCCCCUGGGAAAUUCCUGCAGAGGCGUCCAAUUCUGUGAGGAACUCGUAUCCGAGUUCAAUUUCCAUAGCACCUACUAUGAUCACAGGUACGACAACCUGAAGCACGCGACUAACAAAAAGGACCCGAGAAGGCACAAGUACGAGACCAAAGGGCUGUCUAUUGUCAAUCUCCUCUUCAGCGCGGCUAGUGGCGAUGUCACGGCGAUGAGAAGGCAUCGAUUGAGCGGAAUGGACAUGACACUGCCGGAUUAUGAUGGCAGAACAGCUUUGCACUUAGCUGCCAGCGAGGGGCACCUAGAUUGCGUCGAAUUUCUCAUCGAGCAAUGCGGAGUGCCUCACGAACCUAAGGACAGAUGGGGUAAGAGGCCCAUCGAUGAAGCAGAGACAUUCGGGCACAUGGAAGUGGUGGAAUACUUGAAGAACUAUGCCAUAGCCCGGAAAACGGAAAUAGAGAACGAAGAAAAAGAGAAUAAUGGUAACGGGGAUUCUUUUCGGGGAAAAGUCGCGGAGUCCGCGGUUCAAACACCGUUGCCAUAAGACCUAUGGCGUCUUUAGAUAGGAUAUUUUUCAUGGAAAAAUACGCGGUAUGAUGAUUGACUAGAGAAAAAAGAAAAGAAGAGGAAUAUACGUGGCUUGAUUCUACAAAAAGACAACAGAGGGAUCUCAAAAUGAUAAUGAAUCGAUUAUUUUCCUACGAAAACGUACCUUUGCGGCUGAUUUAGUUCUUCACCAUUAGUAAUCGAAUUAUAGCCUACAAUGAAUCUCCUGUAAUCAUGCUGUUACCUCUAGGCACUGUAAAUUGUACUUAUAGACGUUUCUUCUGUUUUUGUAUCUUAAUUCUUUGACUUUUGAACGAAUGUGCAUGUAUGUUUAUCGACUCCGGAAAGCGUACGGAUGGUUUCUUUAGCACACUGCGAGCUGUCAUAGUUGUUCUUUUCUGUUUGCCUCUUUUUAUCAGCAAAAUAUGAUUCUUGUGGCAUUUUUAGCGUAGAAAAUGUAUUAUUUUAGGAAAUAGCAUGAGUUUAAGUGACAAAAGGCUAGCCAGUAUAUUCAGGGUAAUUUUACAGUAUUAUUUACGUGAUUUAGUUCGUACUUAUUAUAAGGAACAAUUUGUGGCUUCUUUUGUAAUGUACUUACACGUAGGUGCUAUGCGUUUAGGUACUAAUAAGGAAUCUGAGUGUCUGUACGAGGAAAGAAACGUGUACCUAUGAAUGAUUUUUCGAAUAAGCAGCAUUUCGUUUAUUUACGCGAUACUCGUUCCUAUUUGUCCAUCGAUAGAAGGGUAAAGCAUUCUAAUUUACGAAUACACGAAUCGAUCGAUGGAGACAAUUCAGAUACGUUCGCACAUGUUGACGUUCGAUCCUCGAGGCCAGCCCGUUAUCGCGAAGUGGAGGAACGCGUGUAUACCAAAUGCGAAAGCCAAAUGUCGACUGUUUCGACUACGUUAUGCCAAAACGAUCAAACGUGGUCGAAUAUGUAAUUUCGUGCACGUGUGCAUGCCUCUUUCGCCUGCGACUGGUAUUCCGAUAUUCGAUUUCUUUUUUCAGUCUUUUCCUCAAGAACAAAUUAUUGUUUAGAGUCGAUGCAAUAUUUUCUAAUAUAUCGAUGUUCCGAGAUUCUGAUAAAGUGACGUUGUUAUUUUUGUUAACGAUCAAGGUAGUAGAGAAUAAGAGUUGUAACAGCGAUUCAUCACCGUUGCGAUUUCGCAUUAACGAUACCGCGCGAUUCGACUGAUUUACAUUUCUAAUACCAAGAACACACGCUUCUAUUCGUUGUACAAUUAGACAUGCAAAUCAACAGAAUCGCACGAGGUGACCGAUGUGAAUUCGCAACGAUUGUUCGUGUUCUUGAUGUAGAUCCGGAUUUUCAUUUCCAAGUCAAUAAAUACUUCGCAAUCGUAUUCUAUUUUCAUAAAGUUUCUCUUAAAAAUGAUUCAUCUUCGGAAACUGUGAUUCUCCGUAUCCUAUGUAUAAUAUUAAUCGAGGUUACAGGGAUCGUAAACCUGUAAUAGACGAAGAGAAAACCGCGAUGGAGGUUCCGGAAGCGUCUUCUGUUUCCUGCGCGGGUGAUACCUUUCCGCUUUCUCUUCGUUCAAUUAAUUCGACCCUUUAUUUGGCAAAGUGGAAAUCCAGCAAACUGAUAUUUCUUGCCUCCCAGAGAUGUCCAUUUUUCACUGAAUUAUCCGCUUGCAACGAUCCGUUAGCGUUCGAAUUGCCGAGUAAGGGGUAUGUUAGUCUCGUGCUUUGUCAAUUACCUCGAAACCAGCCUUAAUGUCGAUGAGAGAGUGAUCAUUGUACGAAAUAAGGACUUACCUAGCUUUAUUUCGAGCGAUUCUUAAGCGUUUCGUGAGCAAGAGUACGGAAAUAUCGAAAUCACGAAGGAAGCACAUGCUUCGUGAAGAACAGGGAUAUCGUCUGGUUCGAAUCUUUCACUUGAAAAUGGAAUUUUCACGUUAGCAAAGAUUCUCUAGAUGGAAGACAUAU